AUGACUACCAAGAAUUGGAUUGUUGCUCUGCUUUGGGUACAGGUAGCUUCUCAACAGUUGAACCCUCAAUGUGCCGAUAUUCUGAAAUUAGCUGGAGCUAGCGAGAAAUUCGGGAACUCUGUUGGUCAUGCGAUUCACUCGAUCAAUGUGAGAGCAUUGAGGAGAUUCGAUCCAUUGGUGACUGAAAAGAACCGAGUACCGACGAUGAACAUGGACUUGAGCUCUGAACAGGUUCUCCUCUCCUAUGCUCCUGAUACUCGUGGCUUCGACAAGGGAGCUUUUCAUUCGACUGGAAUGAAAGUUUUGGAUGAGGUACUCUCCCAAAUGGACAACCAAAUGUAUGGAAUGAAAUACUUCACACCACUCGAGAAGAUCGUUCACGCUUUUCACAUGGAAGAAAUGUGGACAAUGAUUCAUCAUGAAUACAUGAGACUUCAAUCAAAUCCCCCAUCGAAAGAAGUUUGUGAAUGUGCGAUGGAUGUUGAAGGGAAUGGAGUUCUCUCAAUGCUUCGAUUUGUUGCAUUCACUUUUCGAGAACCAGAAGCUGUCCUGCGAUUGGAUAAGAAGAGAAAUCGAGUGAAAAGAGGUGCUCAUCAUGAGAAUAUGGAAGAGAAUGCAUUAGCUCAAAAAUCCCCGAAAUCAUCCGGAACAAUGCCCCCAUUGAUGAACUCAAAAGCAUGGGCUGAAUGGGUGACUCUGUUGUCGCCAAUGGAAAUGAGCGAGCACUUUGACACGGCCAUUUUCUUAUUCUGUGCUCUCAAU